GGGUAAACAGAGUCAACAUGGCAGAACGGCCAACACAUGGACCUAACUACAGAAUUAUAAUCCAGUCCUGUAAACUAGCUCCAGUAUUAACUUUGGACAGACAUUCUCUCUAGAUCUGGGCACCAGGAGAAAUAUGAUGUGAAGCCAGCAAUCAAUGCGACCACUGGUAACGGGCAGGCUCCGAAUAAUUUGUAAGUGAAAGUCAAUUGACUCCAGGAUUGACCAGCAAAUAACCAGCAAGACUCGCGAUGGGGACAGUUCCUGACGAUGCUGUGGAUGCAGGGUCUCUGAACGCUGAAACAGAACCCCCUCACUACGAGGCAUAUUAUCUUUUCUUCAUCGCAGGGGUGGGUCUUGUUCUCAACACCCUCAUCAUCACGUCUGUCAUGUUCCGCGAACAUCUCCGGCGAAUGACUUGUGCUUUCCUCGUUCAUGGCUGCCUGCUCAACAUGGCCAAGAGUGUUUUUUGCGUUCUCUUUGGAAAGUACCUUCUGACUCAAGAGGCACCUAAGUAUUGCUCAAUCAUCGGGGAAACCUUCAUCAUCAUUGUGACAGCGUCCACAUUCAAUCUUGUAGCGAUAGUUUGUUCGGAAGCGUACACUUUCCAGGAGUUAAACGUCGGAGGGAACCACCAUGGAUCCGUGUGCUGUGUCAUUUUUGGAGUUUUAGUUGUCUACUUUGGAAGCGUUAUUUUACAUUUAGGACCCACCAUCAUCGGAGGAUAUCUGGACUUCCACAAAGACAUCGGCUACUGUUCCUUUCAGCUUGGAGAGGUGAAAAGUUACGUGGCCAAUGUUAUAUGGAUUGUCAUUGUGACCUUGGCACUUAUUUCAAUGACCUAUUACUUGAGCGAGCUCUACAAAGAGAUCCAGCUAAACUCCCCGAACAGAGUGUCAAUGCUGGUCCGCACGUCUGUCUGCCUCUCAGAAAAUCCGCUGGCUGCACAGCGCAGUGUGAAAACUUUGGUACAAGACUCAAGGUAUCGUGUUAAAGUCCUCAUUGGUGUCACCGUCUCCUUCAUUCUCUGCUGGUACCCCUACUUCGCUCUCCUUGUGAUAGACAUGAAUGCCAAAGUCUCUGCCACCAUUUAUCAAAUGCUCUGUUUUCUCGCCUGGUCUCACGGCACCGUCGAAGCCUUCAUUUACAUAUGUUUCGACCGACAGCUUCACCUUGUAACACAGCUGACAUACUGGCGAAAGCGGCGAUUCCCUUACCUGGAUGGCAUUGCCCCGCUCAUUCAUGGACGUGCUAACAAUGUGCAGAGGAAUCGCCAGAUGGGCUUGGGCAGUUUUCAGGGAUCUCUGGGAACUGCAGCCAUUGAAGAGGAAGAAACUGUGAUACCAAACGUGAGUUCUACGUGCAAUGCUGUGGAGGGCAAUGUCUUGCCGCAUUCUGACACGCCGACAUGCAACGAGUCAUUCCUUCACAGUCAAGUGUAA